AUGUUUGUGUCUGGCAAAUCGUUGGCAGAAAAAAAAGUGAAAGAUUUAUCGAUUGAUAACCCAAAUGGAAAAUUGUUCAUGCAUCUUUUUCCAGAGAAAGUUUUGGGUUUCGUUAAAUUUGAAUACACGGUGAAGGUUGUCUCAGGAGUCUUCAGUACAAACAAACUUCUUGACUUCUCAACCGAUGCAAACAUAAUCGUGCUGAAUGUUUCAAUGAAACUUCCAAAAACAUUGAACGAGAGCGAGAUAAUAUGGAUGGUGAAACACGCAAUAAUUUAUGUCUCUUUUUUGCUUCAACGAUCUGAAUAA